AUGUAUAAUUGGGAGGAGUUAAUGGAUUUUACAUUUUUGAAGCAUAAUAUUAAAUAUAUUUAUCACGAAGAUCAAUAUCAGCAACGAUAUUAUGAUAACGCUACAUCAACAAUUGAACUUGGUAUAUUUAAAGAACGAGUGAACUUAAUUGACUUAAGCAAAAGAUCCGAAAAAUUAAUAAGUUUUGGAAGUGUGUUUUCAUCAACUAGAAUCGUUCGACAAUUAUCUGAAAGCAUUGAAUUUUGGAAUAAAUUAAUGAAUAAUAUGUUACCGAACAAUCCAACUAUGAUUAAUAUUAUGGACAAAAUUAUUGAUAAAAUUGGUGGAACAAAUGGUUUUAUUGGUGUACACGCAAGAUUAGGAAAUGGCCGCUUUCGCAUAAAUCAAAAUAACACAAUAGAAGAACUUAUAAAAAGAAUUAAAACAGAUUUUAAAGAUAACGUUUGUUUAACAUCAAAAAUAUUUUUAGCAAUAGAUUUAAAAAGAGAUCACAUUUUCCUUCAAUCGUUUUUUCAAACUUUCUCAUGUGCUUAUAUAUUAGAUGAUUUUAAUGACCUUUUAGAACCUUUAAAAUUUUUGAAAAAUCCUAAAGAUGGUAUGAUUUUGUAUGAAUUUCUAAUACCGUUAGUAGAUUUACUAGUAGUAUCAAAAGGUAAUAAGUUCUAUGGAACAGAAGGUAGCACCUUUUCAAAUUAUGCUCAACGACUAAAUGAAGAUAAUUGA